GCUCCCUGGAUCCCUUUUCAAUAGCCACCGCCGGGUCUUCGGGAGGUACAAAGAGUCCCGGUGCCUCCUCCGCGCGCCCUCGGACGGAGCUGGCAGCGGGCUCCGGCCGCCGAGCGGUGACAUCCCCUGCCCGGAGCAUCAUCCCCACCUCCUCUGCCUUCUUCCCUCCCCCCUCCUUCUCUCCCUCCUCUUCCUCCUCCUCCCACAGCCACGAUCCGCACCCAGUCGGAGCUGGGCUUGGCAUCGGCACCCACUUCUCCCACCGUGUGCCCAGCGGCUGGCCGUGCCGUGCCGCGCAGCGGAGGAGGAGGAGCGGAGCGGCGGCGCGCUCCUACCUCCGCGGGUGCGGGCGAGUGCGCGGGCGGGCGCGCAGCCCCCAUGCCAGGCGGGCGCCCCGCCGCCCGCAGCCCGGCCCCCGCCUGGGAGCAUCCCGCCAGCGCUUCGCCGCGGAGGGAGCGACGGCCCUUGGGAUUAAAAUACUCACUGCGCUGGGCAGCCGAGGGAGAGGGGGAACAGGUACCUAUUACACCAUUUCUUUGGUGAAGGCUGUUCAGCAGUGGUGACUUCUUCCAAGCGACCACUCCACAAAUUAUUAUCUCUGGACUCCCAGCUGACACCCUGCCGGAGGCUAGAGCUACUGAGACAACUGGAAUUGUGCCCGCUCUCGUCAAGGUUUUUUUUUUACACAGGGAAAAAAAAAAAAGAUGAAGUUGGGCAAAGUGGAGUUCUGCCAUUUUCUGCAGAUACUAGCUCUUUUCCUGUGUCUUUCUGGGAUGAAUCAAGCAGAGCUCUCGAGGUCGAGGUCAAAGCCCUACUUUCAAUCAGGGAGGACAAGAACCAAACGCAGCUGGGUGUGGAAUCAAUUCUUUGUGCUGGAAGAAUACAUGGGUACAGACCCACUCUAUGUAGGAAAGCUUCACUCUGAUGUUGAUAAAGGAGAUGGUUCCAUCAAAUACAUCUUGUCAGGCGAAGGGGCAAGUUCCAUUUUCAUUAUUGAUGAGAACACGGGGGAUAUUCAUGCUACAAAGAGGCUGGAUCGAGAAGAGCAGGCCUACUACACGCUACGAGCACAAGCACUAGAUAGGCUGACUAAUAAACCGGUGGAACCAGAAUCUGAGUUCGUCAUUAAGAUUCAGGACAUCAAUGACAAUGAACCAAAAUUUCUGGAUGGUCCUUACACUGCUGGAGUUCCUGAGAUGUCUCCUGUGGGUACCUCUGUGGUUCAAGUGACAGCCACUGAUGCAGAUGAUCCUACUUAUGGCAACAGUGCUCGUGUGGUUUACAGCAUAUUGCAAGGACAACCUUACUUUUCUGUGGAGCCCAAAACAGGUGUUAUCAAGACUGCCCUUCCAAAUAUGGAUAGAGAGGCCAAGGACCAAUACCUACUAGUUAUUCAAGCAAAGGACAUGGUUGGGCAGAAUGGUGGAUUAUCAGGGACUACGUCUGUAACUGUCACCCUGACUGAUGUCAAUGACAACCCACCCCGCUUUCCACGAAGAUCAUAUCAGUAUAAUGUCCCAGAGUCUUUGCCAGUGGCUUCUGUGGUGGCCAGAAUAAAAGCUGCAGAUGCAGAUGUGGGACCUAAUGCUGAAAUGGAGUAUAAGAUUGUGGAUGGUGACGGUUUGGGAGUAUUCAAAAUUUCUGUCGACAAAGACACCCAGGAGGGAAUCAUAACAAUUCAGAAGGAGCUGGAUUUUGAAGCUAAGACAAGCUACACCCUGAGGAUAGAAGCAGCCAAUAUGCAUGUUGACCCUCGCUUCCUGAGCCUGGGACCCUUCAGUGACAUGACAACAGUGAAGAUAAUUGUAGAAGAUGUUGAUGAGCCGCCUGUGUUUACUUCACGUUUAUACUCCAUGGUGGUGUCUGAAGCAGCAAAGGUUGGCACUAUCAUUGGAACUGUAGCAGCCCAUGAUCCAGAUGCCUCAAAUAGUCCUGUCAGGUACUCUAUAGAUCGAAACACAGACCUGGAGAGAUAUUUCAAUAUUGAUGCCAACAGUGGAGUCAUUACAACUGCCAAAUCUUUGGACAGGGAAACUAAUGCUGUUCAUAAUAUCACAGUUUUGGCUAUGGAAAGUCAGAAUCCAGCACAGAUUGGGAGAGGCUAUGUAGCCAUCACUAUCCUUGACAUCAAUGACAAUGCCCCUGAGUUUGCCAUGGAGUAUGAGACAACUCUCUGUGAAAAUGCUCAACCUGGCCAGGUCAUCCAAAAAAUCAGUGCAAUUGAUAAAGAUGACCCACCAAACGGCCACCAGUUCUACUUCAGUUUAACAGCAGAGGCAGCAAAUAACCACAAUUUUACGCUGCAGGACAACAAAGAUAACACUGCAACAGUAUUAACAAGAAGAAAUGGGUUCCGAAGACAGGAACAGUCUGUUUUCUACUUGCCAAUAUUCAUUGUGGACAGUGGAUCGCCUUCACUUAGUAGCACUAAUACCCUCACCAUCAGAGUCUGUGAUUGUGAUGCAGAUGGUAUUGCGCAGACGUGCAAUGCAGAAGCAUAUAUCCUGCCUGCAGGACUUAGCACUGGAGCCCUGAUAGCAAUAUUGGCUUGUGUCUUGACCCUGCUAGUUCUUGUCUUGCUGAUUGUCACCAUGAGGCGACGGAAAAAAGAGCCCCUCAUCUUUGAUGAAGAGAGAGAUAUCAGAGAGAACAUUGUCAGGUAUGACGAUGAGGGUGGUGGAGAAGAAGACACUGAGGCUUUUGACAUGGCUGCCUUGAGAAACCUCAAUAUUAUCCGAGACACAAAGACCAGAAGGGAUGUGACACCUGAGAUUCAGUUCUUGAGCAGACCAACUUUUAAAAGCAUCCCAGAUAAUGUCAUUUUUAGGGAAUUUAUCUGGGAAAGACUAAAAGAGGCUGAUGUGGACCCCUGCGCGCCGCCCUAUGACUCCCUGCAGACAUAUGCGUUUGAGGGGAACGGCUCAGUGGCAGAGUCGCUCAGUUCUUUAGAUUCGAUCAGCUCAAACUCUGACCAGAACUACGAUUACCUCAGUGACUGGGGCCCUCGUUUUAAAAGGCUUGCAGAUAUGUAUGGGACUGGUCCAGACUGCUUAUACUCAUAGCCUUGGAACCUUUCUCUGAAAAUGCACUGAAGAAUACUAAAACAGAAAACUCAACCUUACAGACUGAAGAAAGUUGUAAAUAUUUCUCCAUUUUUAACCUUUUAGGUUUUUUUGCCUUGGUGGAACAUAUCUUCAUUAGACUUGUCCUAGGGGCUGCACUGAUCACACAGAAUAUGAGCAUUUGGUGGCAUUUUUGAUAAAAUGAAAUGCUCAGCCACGUUCAAAUAGAUAGCAACUCUCAGAUACCUGCAGAGCCAGCUCACUUUCAGGAGUAUGUUAUGCACUGUGACCUCAAUGAGCCAAUGAUGAUGUAGAUGCCUUCACAGUAUUGCUAUAUCUAGAACACAGAGUCUCUGGUAUGAGAUAAGUGUAAGAAGAAACAAAUUUACAAAUAUAAAAUAUCAUUCAAUACAGCAUUACCAUAUAUAAUAUUUACAGAUGGAAGUUUUUUUUUUAACAGAUCUUCUUUAUAGUGUUGUAUGCAGCUUGCUAGGCUUAAAGCAGAAGGACAGACAUGAAAACAAACAAAAGCCCAGCAGAUAAUUUUUUGCUUCUCCCUGUUUGUUCUCAGAGCUAUUUAAGUAGAAGUCUCCAUAUUUUUCUGUGCAAUUUUAUGAAAAAGAUACUGUUUCUACUAAAAAAUUCCAUAAUGUUUGUCAUCAACUUACUGGAGUAGUUUACAAACCACAUAAAAUCAGACAUAUGGAGGGGUAUUCUUAUGGUUGAAAAGUCUUGUGAUGCCCGUGUAGGUAUAGAAAAGAUGUUGCUAUCUAUUUGCUAUUUUUUAUUAUCUCUUCUGAUUUGUACAGGAGAAUUGAUCCUUUUUUAUUAUUAUUUGACAUAACAUGUUAUAUUUAUUUUGGAGCUCCAAUCUCCACUAAAUUCAGGUCCAUUUACUGCCUCAUGGUAUUAGACUUGUCAGAACAUGCUGAUUUUUCUCCAGUCUCAAAUAAAUGUAGGAAAUGAAGCAUGGAAAUGGAGAAAUGACAGUAAAGCAAUCUCACCCGCCAUUCAUCUCUCAGAAAGGAGAGCAGCUACAAGGACAAGCAGUUGUUCUUCUGAGCCAUUAGUAAGUCUGAGACAUUUAAAUAAAAUAUUUGUACAUUGAAUUUUUGGAAAGAAGACUACAGAGGUAGCUGGAAGUGUCUUUAAUGCAAGAUUUAAUUUUCAAGGUUAUAUGCUUCAAAGACUGUAAACACCUCGUUUUUCUCAUUCCCCUUCUCUUUUGCUGCUGAUGAGUCACAGUAAAAGACUCUUUUCAAUUUCUUUCUUAUGUUAAGCAAUGUAAUGCUAUUAACUCCAGAAAUCAUGUUUAGAUCCUGCUGCACAUAAGUAUUUUUCCCCAAAGGUGUUAACUCACUACACAUAAUUUUUAUGCUGGUUCAGGAGUGCCAAAACAGAAGGACAACUGCUGUUGGUUAAAAUACUGUAUGAUUUUGAAGUAGGAUUUCUUAGAAUAAGACAACUUUUUUAUGAUUCUGACAAUAUUUAUACUUCAUCUUUCAUGAUUAUUACUAGAUAAUAAGGCAUAUAUUCAAGUAAAAUAGUGUUUUUAAGUAUUAUUUCAGACUGUUUUGUUUUAGAUAAUCUGUAGAUGAGUUCCUAAGUUAGAUUCUGCUCCUGCAAACUUUCUUGCUUGUACCUCACUUGAAAUGACUUGACUUGCCUGAAGUUACUGAGAGGCAUACAGAAUUGUUUGCAGGACUAUGUUUGUGACUAGAAGGUACUCCAUGGAGGACGAUGCUCACUCUAAAAGUACUUCUUUCUGAAAGAAGGAUCCUUGUACUAAAAUCCUAAUGUAUGACUGACACCAGGCUGGGAGAUGGGAAUUAUCAUUAAGGCUUUGUAAUUUUUUGCAACCCAGCAUUAUCAAUUAACUAUGUGAAAGUGGCCUUCAGCUCCAUCAGAGAAAACAAAAUAAUUUUGAUCAUCUGAAACAUAUUUAAUUUGAGUUACAUUUCGGUAGACAAUCAUUGUUUCAUAAUUCAGUAGAUUUGCUUCUAGUUGUAUUAAAUAUAUAUAUAUAGGUGUGUAUAUAUAUAUAUUACAGAUUUUGUAAUGGAACUGAAAGAUCUCACCCAUGACUUUUAGUCAUACAUGUACAAUUUUCAAUAAAAAAAUUAAAAAAAAAAGAAAACGAACCAUGUGUAUGCAGUUUAAUGAGAGCGAGAUGUGUUGCAGGAGUUAAGCAGGUAUUAAAUCAGGAAGGUGUUGAGAGAACAGCUCUUUAUUAAUCGCCUUGUUUGUGGGAAGAUAAUUCAUACAUCUGGAUUAAGAUGUCAAAAGUGCUGAUUGUAGCACAUAACACUCAAAGGAGAUUUAAAUGUGAUUUAGAGUAAACAAUACAAUUCCCUUGUUUUUCCACCUUCUAUACCUGUAAAAAAACCAAAAAGCUUUCCUGUUAUGAAACUAUGUUAGGUUUUUUUGGUUGGGUUUUUUUUUUGUGUG